CAGACAUCGAUUAUUGUGGGGUGUUGUUCUUGUCGGAAUUCCUUCUUUGCUUUUUAGAAGUUGAGAGAAGGUGAAUCCAAAAUUAUUGGUACUGUGUUGAUAAGAAUUUUCUAUAUGGGCUUAGGUCCAGCGACGCUUAAAGCACAUAAAGAAAAGCAGCCGGUUAGUUUUCCCUUAUUCUCAUCUUAGGUUAGUCCCUCCAAUCAAGGCAUCUAUUGUGAUGAUCAGACCAGUCUUUUGUGAUGAUAAGAGAUUUUUCUAAUGAUUAUAUGCUCAGUCUUGCAUCUUUCUAGAGGACUCAUUUUUCCUUCUGAUCUUCUCUCUCUCCAUCUAACAUGGUUCCAGCGGUCCUCGGAUUUGUCUGUUUGAAUGCGGCUCCCGAGGAGGUAAGACCACAAGGCGCCAAGCAAAUUUUUUUUAUGCCCACAGAUCAAAACUCAUAUUCUUGAUAUCCAUACAUCUAGCUACAUACUGACACUCAUCCCAAUUUAUUAUGAUGGUAAACCCUAAGCGUAAGCCCAGGCCCAAGCCCUUACGUACCCAUCCAUCGUUGAACGAUGAGUCAAGUUUAUUGCAGGACUGAAUGAGCCCUCGAUCUCCCUUUUCUAUUGGUUUUCACUCUUCAAAUUCACGGAAUUAUAGUGGAGGUCAGAAGUUCCAAUAUGAAUCAUCACGAUGUUGAGCUUGCUAAUUGGAAGGCUACUCAUACAUAUGAUCUCUAGCAAGGGCAUACCCGAAUGAGUAAAGAGUUUGAGUGAACGUUUACGUGUACCCACUCCACUGAUGCGACCCAAGUUGAAUAUGAAUCAGAAAAGCUGCAAAGAAGUCAAAAU